AUGCGUAUAACACCACAUGGUACAACAACAUUUAGUCCAUUUCAGAUUAUGUUUGGUAGAGAAAACUUACUACUUAUGAAUCCGCAACAAAUGAAAGUAUCCCUUUCAAAACCAAAUCAAUAUUAUGAAAAAGAGCCAUCAACGUUUAUCGUAAAAAUUGAAGAUCCAGAUAGUGAUCAUAAUCCAAAUUAUACAAAACAAGUGAUCACAUCUGAUAUGAAACCUAUAUUUAUUCGUGAAGAUUGUGAGUAA